AUGAAUUCUAAAGAAAAAGAAAAGUAUAUUGAAGAAUUUGAUUUUCCUCAUUGUGACGAAUCCGUAAAAUAUGAGAAAGUUGCUAAAAUUGGUCAGGGUACCUUUGGGGAGGUGUUCAAAGCAAGGGACAAAAAGAAUAGUAAGAAAUUUGUUGCCAUGAAAAAAGUUCUGAUGGAUAAUGAAAAAGAAGGGUUCCCCAUCACUGCCUUAAGAGAAAUUAGAAUACUCCAAUUGCUCAAGCAUGAAAACGUAGUUAAUUUAAUUGAAAUUUGUCGAACAAAAGCUACUCAAUAUAAUCGUUAUCGUUCUACAUUUUACCUCGUUUUUGAUUUCUGCGAACAUGAUCUGGCUGGUUUACUUUCUAAUGUCAAUGUAAAAUUUAGUUUAGGCGAAAUUAAAAAAGUAAUGCAACAAUUGUUAAAUGGUCUAUAUUACAUUCACAGUAAUAAGAUCCUACACCGAGACAUGAAAGCAGCAAAUGUUCUCAUAACCAAAAAUGGUAUUUUAAAACUAGCUGAUUUUGGGUUAGCGAGAGCGUUUAGUGUAAGUAAACCUGGACAAGCAAAUCGCUAUACUAACCGUGUAGUAACACUGUGGUAUCGGCCGCCAGAGUUACUGCUAGGAGAUCGAAACUAUGGGCCUCCCGUUGAUUUGUGGGGUGCAGGCUGCAUAAUGGCUGAAAUGUGGACGAGAUCUCCUAUCAUGCAAGGUAACACUGAACAACAACAAUUAACAUUGAUAUCGCAACUAUGCGGAUCAAUUACCACAGAAGUUUGGCCCGGAGUAAAAGAACGACUAAAGCCAUAUGUCAAAGAUGCGUAUGCAUGUGAUUUACUGGACAAACUUUUAAUUCUUGAUCCAAGUAAAAGAUACGACUCUGAUUCAGCGUUGAACCAUGACUUUUUCUGGACCGACCCUAUGCCUUCUGACUUGAGCAAAAUGUUGGCUCAACACACACAAAGUAUGUUUGAAUUCUUGGCACCUCCACGAAGACCAGGACAUAUGCGACAUCCUCAUCAUCCAGCACCUGCUGGUCCAACCAGACCUACUACCAGUGUAACCGACAGUGGCUAUCAAGAUCGUGUUUUCUAA